CCUCUGGAAUCCUAAUGGGCGUCACCCACAGACUGUCGGGUCCUCCUCAGUCUGUUGCGCAAUUGGCCUUUUAUCACAUCUUAUUUAACCCGACAGAGCCACUCCCUUACAAAAUUUGACAUCUUUCUGCAUGAAGGUUCAAAUCCGGCCGAGUCCCCGGAAAAGCUAGUUUAAAAGUAGAUUCCAAACAGCUAGAAACUUCGAGCAGAAACCGACGACAAAAAGAGAAGUUUGACUUUGAUAAAGGGAAGAAACUUUUACCUGGAGGUCCGUGAACUACACACUCCUGUCAGCUGCUCAUCAUGGGAGACGUCAAUAAAGGAAAGAAAGCAUUUGUGCAGAAAUGCUCGGCGUGUCACACAGUGGAAGAGGGGGGCAAACACAAGCAGGGACCCAACCUGUGGGGUCUGUUUGGGAGGAAGACGGGGCAGGCUUCUGGAUACUCAUACACAAAGGCUAACGUUGACAAAGGUAUCACUUGGGAUGAGAAAACCCUGGACGUCUACCUCACAAACCCUAAGAAGUACAUUCCUGGUACUAAGAUGAUCUUCAGUGGGCUCAGAAAGAAAAAGGACAGGCACAAUAUCAUUGCCUAUUUAAAGGACGCCACCUCCUAAUGUUCUGGGGACAGAAGCACUACACUGUACACUUAGGAAAAAACAGAGCUUGUUCUUUGUAGAAGAUUCUUAAAUUCACAUCCCCACACUGUGUUACUUUGGAACAUUGCAGCCACAGUGUUGUUGUGUGUGGGAGACUGUUUUUAAUUAUCACAUGAGUCAGCCUUCAUGUUACUUGUGGAUUUUCUAGACUGUUCUCAGUCAGGGCUUCUUAAAGGGCCAGCCUUCUUUUGGGAUUUUCUAUAAACUUAUUUGUUUACCUUACAUUUGGCUCCUGCUUGCACAGAAACUGCACACUUUGCAUUGUUGUCACUUUGUACCUUACUACAUAGUCUAGAAAGAUUUAUUUUCUAUAUUUUUGUACUCUUGCUGUUGUCAUUUUUUAACUUUCUUGGAACGGGUUGACGUUUGUGUUAAACAGUACUGAGCUCUCUUUCUUCUCUUUUAUAAGCCAAUGACGCCAUGACUUUUUUUGUAUUAGUCUGCACUUGAAAACAGGUAUGAUUGUAUUCAUACAUUUUUACAUGCAGCAUGUUUGAAUUAAUUAUCAAGCAAGUUACAAAGGUUAUAAUAUUUACAGUUCUUAAACUGGCCUAAAAAAAAAGUUAAAACAAAGUGUUUAUUUAUAUAGUUUUUUACUGAGUUACUAUUUUAUACUUUUGUUUUUUCUAUUCUAUUCUAAAUAAUACCUAAUCUUGACU